UCGCGUGGGCGAACACAACCCUUUAUAAACUCCGGCCACCCCUUUUCAACCCAUUUCAUCGCAACGAGUCCUUCGAACACUUUGUCCUAUCUCCUGAGCAAAACAUGUUGAAAAAAAUGUUUCAAACAUUAACGAUAUCUGGAGUGUUGAUGAGGUUCUUCGUCUUCGUGUUUAUGCUGUCAGCUGUCGGAGCGUAUCCUAUGCUAGGAGGGAGCAAGAGGUACCCCCAAAGAGCAUGGAGCCCUCUGCCGAUCGUUUAUCAACCAAGAGCUACGAGACCUUACGCUUCGUAUUACGACCCAUACGCCCAGGAGGCGUCGGACGUGGUUGAUUUCUAUUACCCUCAAGAUCCUUACGACAAGUACAGGUUGUACCAGAUGCCCUACUACGUCCCGGAGCAGUACUAUUACGACGACGAAGAAGAACAGGAAGAAGAGAUGGUCCCCUACGGUCAAGACUGGUACAACAACGGGAACGCCGAGGCGAACGCUAUGUUUCUCCAGAACCUCAUCAUGGCCCAGAUGUUGAAAGAUUCGACGAACAAAGGAAUGAGGUACCCUUUGGCAUACCACGGAAAAGACGACUACGACGACGGAUUCGUCUACGGAGAACCGAUAAGGGAGGUGCCGACGAAAGAAGACAAAGACGUGAAAGAGCUCAAGUCCCUCAUCGGUGGAAAAGAACGAAGACUCGGGAUGGAAAAUCGUAAGAGCAAGAUGGAAAAUCGAUGGGUCGAUAAGAGAUCGAACCCCAUGACGACCGUCGCACCGGAGACGACCACGAAAAGGAACAAGGGCCAGGACGAAGUCGUGAUGCUUCGUCCUGCGACUCCUGCCAGACACCCCUCCUCUUACCAACAAAGGGCAUACAAACCAUCCGUGUACGACGCAAUCAAGAAGCUUCUCAUCGAACAGAAAAACGACGACAAGAGGCAAUCCCAACCGCAGAAGAGGUCUUACGUCCUUAGCGAAGAUGCUUUAGUGGAGCAACUCGGCAAUCUCAAAAAGGCCUAAUUAUUCUAAGUACCAUUUAUCGAUAUGAAGUUGUUUCAAGAUUUUCCUGGUGUAACUGAAAUUUCCUUUGACCGAGACAUUUACUCGUAGGCCCGCUCUUACGAACUCGAUGUUGUCAUCUAGACCUUUUUACAUUUAAUUUUUGUCAAUUGAUAUAAUUUAAAUUACAUUUCUAAUGAGAGAUUAGAUAAUUUGUCUAAUUUCCGUGUCCGACAUCGAGGAGAGAGAACAAACUGUGAAAUAGCAUAUUUAGUUAGUGUAAUGUACGGUGUAUAAAUUUCUUGCAUGGAGAAAAUUGAAAUGAUUAUUUAGACUUUCUAAAUAUCAAAUAAAAAGUUUAAUUAAACGAAUAGAACUAAUUAUCCUUUUUAGAAAAUAUUGGAAAAUUUAAUAAAACCCCGAAACCAAUAGUAGCUUUCAAUUGUAAGAUUAUCGGUGUUGCUUUUAGUACAAGUUGACGUCUCGUUUUUAUUUUUAUUUUUAUUUUUAUUUAUUUAAUUUUUUAAUUGAUAUUCGAUUCAGACUUAUCUUUUGAGAAUCAUGAAUGAAAAAUUAAAUUUCAACUCUAAGAUCUUUAUCUGCUCUGGAUUAGUGAAUAAAACGAAUUCUCAUUUACGACAAUAAAAUAUUAUUGUUUGUUUACGUUAUGUUAAAUGUUUUUUACAAAAAGAAAGUGUUAAGAAAUAACACGAGUCAGAAGUCGAGUGAUCUUAGAAUAUUUUUAUAAAGAUUAGUAAUUUUUUAAAACAAAAUGUUAUAAACCUAUAUUUGAUUAAUUUUGAAAAAAAAGAAUGUUUGUUUUAAAAAGGGGUUUUUUACGAUAAAAACCAAUUUUAAAAAAUUAUGAGGCGUGUUAACUAGCCAGGCAUAAAUUAGUAUGUAUUUAAUUGAAUAAGGUGUUCUAUACAAUGACUGACCUUAAGACUGGAUAGUAUUUUGUUUUGAUUAAAAAAAAAUAAUAAUAAUAAUAAUUUUUGUCUUUUAUAAUGUAAUAUAAUAAUAAUAAUAAUUUAUGCAAUAUGUUAAAUGUGACCGCUUCUUCGUAAUGCUUCCGUACAUUUAAGUACAUCUUUUGACUGACCUACCGCUGACGGGAUAAUAUUUUUGGUGGGCGUUAAAUAUUUAAAAUUGUAUAUAGUAUCUGUUAUAUUUUGAGCUGAUUCUACUUAAAUAAUAAAAUAUAGCCAUUAUAUUUUAUUAUGUACUUCUUAACAAUUCUAUAACUGUCUGCUCAGUAUAAAAUAAGCUUUAAGUUAAAUGUCGAGACUUAUGUGAUAUGGAUAAUAAAAUGCUUUGGAUCUUUGUGUAGUUUCUUUCGGAUUUUUAAUUUUUCUCUCUCAGGUACGUUUUAGACGCAUGGUUUGGAAGGAUUUUUUCAGUAGGUUAAUUUUAGAAUUUUAAAUUAACUCUUUCCUAUUAUAAAAUCUACUAGUUCGAGCUAUCGGUGAAAACUACUUU